CCAUCCCACACAGUGUGGCUGGAUGAUUGGUCGAGAGUGCGAAGAGGAAAAAAACGGCUAUCAAACGUACACUUCCACCAGAGUUUGUGUGUGCCUCUGUGGAAUUCCUCUGUGGCCCGCAGCAACUAGAGGCAGCAGCCAAGCGGGUGUUUAGCGAGCGAGCGAGUAGUAAGCAAAAUCGGUAGCGACCGGGGGAUUAAAUUUACCAUCAGCGGCAACAGCAGCAGCAGCAGCAAAUUAUCAACGAGGUGCGUCUCCGUAUGGGUGUAGCUGUGUGUAUGUGCGUCUGCUAGAAUAUUGCUGUGUAUAUAUGUGUGUGUGUGUAAAUCUGGUGUAUGUGUGCAGCGAAUAGAUAACGCGCCGCCACCAAACCAACCCCUGUGUGUAUGUGUGUGUGUGUGUGUGUGUGUGUGUGUGCGUAUGUGCAUAUUUCUUUUGCCCCCGUGUCAUCCAACCCUCCCUAGUAGAGCACACACUGCGGGCAUAAAAAACGGCAAAGAAGAAGAAAAAAACACCCGUAAAGUCGGCCCUAAUCGUGAUUAAGCGGAAAGUAAUAGAAAUCGCAGCAAAUCGUAGGUAGGAAGUGUGGUUAAGUUUCUUUGCCAAUCCACCGUCACCGCCACUCAGCAGGGUGGGCAGGAAGGAUUGUGUCUGUGUGUGUGCGGGAGGGGGAAGAAAAGUGAGUUUUCCAUCGUGACAGAAGAGGGGUGCGAAGAGCGAAGAGGGUAAAGAAACAGUGAGGAAGGUACAAUACCAACGGAGUGCGUGCGGUUGGUCGGGCUGUGAAGGGGUUAAAAGCGGUCGGUGCAGGUGCAGGGGGGCAGCCAAAAGUGAAACAACGUAACCGCCGUCUCCCCGCGACCAUUCCACGGUUUACUUUAGCUCUCUCGGAUUGACUGGUGACGGCCAAUGGUGGUCUGAGAAAAAAGAAACAGUGCCAUAUGCAGUGAAAAACGGAAACCGUCAAAGCGCUGCAUGUGAUCGAUCGCGGAAGCAAACCGCAAAGCCAAAAGAAAAGCGUAACAACACUUUCACCCAACCACGUGGCACGUACGUGAAAAACAGAACCACUAGCGCACCCGGCCGCCACCACCACCACCACUACAUCCCGUUCGUCAGCCCUGAGCCCGACACAGACCCGGCAGCAGCAACAUGCAAGCGAUCAAAUGUGUCGUCGUCGGUGACGGUGCCGUCGGUAAGACGUGCCUGCUGAUCAGCUACACAACGAACGCGUUCCCGGGCGAGUACAUCCCGACCGUGUUCGACAACUACUCCGCGAACGUGAUGGUCGACGGCAAACCGAUCAACCUCGGGCUGUGGGAUACGGCCGGGCAGGAGGAUUACGAUCGGCUGCGGCCCCUGUCCUACCCGCAGACGGACGUGUUUCUCAUAUGCUUCUCGCUCGUCAAUCCGGCCUCGUUCGAGAACGUGCGGGCGAAAUGGUACCCGGAGGUGCGCCACCACUGUCCGAACAUACCGAUCAUACUGGUCGGGACGAAGCUCGAUCUGCGGGAUGACAAGAACACGGUGGACAAGCUGCGGGACAAGAAGCUGUCGCCGAUCACGUACCCGCAGGGGCUGGCCAUGGCCAAGGAGAUCGGUGCGGUCAAGUACCUCGAGUGUUCGGCGCUGACGCAGAAGGGCCUCAAGACGGUGUUCGACGAAGCGAUCCGGGCGGUGCUCUGUCCGAUGAUUCCGCCGAAGAAGAAACCCAAGUGUAACAUCCUCUAAAGAUUGUUCGCUUUAUUUUCUUUUUAAAAAACACACCCAACACAUACACAUACAUGAAAACACAGAAACAAGAAACAAAACAACAAACACAAUACAAUCGCGCUUUUGCCUAGCUCUUCUUCUCGUUCCCCUUACGCGCCCCUCGGUAUGGCCGGGGGUGCAUUGGAGGUUGUGUCAAUGCAAGGGGAAGCGGAUUGGUUUAUCCCCAAAAUGGCACCUUCAUCCUGGUUCCUGGUUCCCACCAACACUUCUCCAACCUACUUCUCCUGAUAGAAAAAUGACCCGAAUUAGGCCGAUUAUAUUAAAAAAAAAAAAAGAGUAAAUCAAAACAAACGACACGCACGCGUGGUGAAAGAGCACAGAAACGCUACGACAGCAAAUCAAUCUAUUAGCAAGCAAAUUCCUCCGAGGCGCAACACGAAAAUCGAGUACAAAAAUUAAAAAGCUCUCCUGGUCGCGUUUUGAUGUGAUUAGAAGAGCAUCAACACCGAUUGGCAGAUUGGAACAAAAGUGAGAAAAAAAAAAUCAAUUGGAACACAUUGUACGACAGACGGUAGAAUGCAUUCAUAAACCGCCCCACUUCCAUCUCAGCCAUCGUUCACUCAUCAAUUCCCCUCGGUCAUGUUCAUAUUAACGUUCAUUCACAAUGGCUUGGCGCCACCGGCUCCCCGGCGGUGUUUGUGUGUGCGUGCGGCCUUCGGCGCAUCCUUUUCAGUUUGUGUGUUUUAUUGCGUUUUUCCCCCAUCUAUUGUCGUAAAUGCCAGUUUUAGAAGAAGGAAGAGUAGGAAUUACGUAGAUCUGUAGCAAGGACAGCAGAAGAAGCGUGAAACUAAGCAUGGAAUCCCAAUCUGCCUUACGGAAGGUGGUUUUGCAUAUUUGUUUUGCGAAGAAAUGUGACCGAGAAUGGAACGAUAUUUACGCAACAAAGCGUGAACAUGUGAAGCCUGAAGCCGAAAACAAUGCACCAUUCGCGUGUGUAUCCUGUGCCGAAUGCAACGGCUGAGCAGUGGAUAGGACAAGCAGGACAGGAGGGGAGGUGUUCCAGCAAAUAUCAUCCUCAAACUAUCGGCAAAACACUUCACCCGAAUGGACGGAGAAGGCACACCGCCUGGUUGGUUUAGCGUAAAAGAACCAAAACUCACCAAAUCAAUCUAAAACAGAACCAGUUUAAUGGUGGAACAAACGCAUACACACUCAAUAAGAUCGGAGCCAGAAAAGCCAAAAUGUGGAGCGGAUGUUAAAGUUUGGCAAAAGGUUAAAUUGGAAGACGAUAGUGAACGAUGGAAGUUUGCUUUCAAUAUUUUAUUUUGUUCGUUUGCUUUAAACUUCGUAAGUAUGAGCUACAACAGCAGUAGGACGAUAUGGAUGGUAGGCAUCUUUUGCGGCUAUUCACUUCUUAUUUUAUACGCAAGGCUUGGCUUGCGCAAGUGUGUGUUGAAUAUUAUUAUGAUUAUUUUUGGUAUUACUUCAUAUUGAUAUUCUAAACAUUAGGAUGCAUAAUGAGAGUUAAUACACAGAAGAUUUUAGAACUGAUUUUAAUUUGUAAUUAAAGCAUGUUCCUUGCAUGCAGUUCAUUAUGAUUUAAUGCCUUUCGAGCUCUAAUGGAAGUACAUUAUGUUCCAAAAUUUUGAUCUAUUUUUUAUAUUAUUUCUAUAAACACAUUAAUGAAAGAAGAAUGCAUUUCUACCAUACUUGUCGGAUGUUUGAUGAUUUUCAUGAUCUUCAAAAAAAAUUCCGCCUCCGCGCGCUGAUAACAUGCAGAAAACAAUUGCUAAAGGGAGAACUUUUUCGUCACUGCAAAUGCUGGGAGAAGAAAGGUUGUUAAGGUCGUGGUGUGGAGCAUAGGAACAGUGGAAGAAGUAGCAGAAGACUAGGAAUAUCGGGGAGAGCAGGCUGCUGUAGUAGCCAAAUAGGUGGGACCGUUUGCCGUCGUGUGGUGGAGCCGGUGUUAGAUUUUAGUUGAACUGGGAGCAUCCCGUGCGCAGUCCUCCCCCAAACACAUCCAUGCCCGUUAAAAUUACGAUUAAAGAACGGCAAGUAAAACCAACAAAGCAAAGCAAACAAAACAAAACAAAAAAAAAGCAAAAUGCAUAUAUACAAGCGAAGGAGAGUGGGAAGUGGAGGUACAGAAACAAACCUAAAAUCAAACAAAACUAUGUAAGAUAGGUGUGCGUGUGUAUGUGUAAAACGAAUACACAAAAAAAAAAUCGAGAUUCGAGAUCACGUGGUUCAAAUUGGCCGAGCAAGAGGGACACGCCAGGAGGAGACGAAACAGUAGCAAGGGAUCACAUUUCCGUGCAUGCGUGCGUGCGGCGUGCGUGUCUGUAUGUAUGUGUAUGUAUGUAUGUAUGUAUGUAUGUAUGCGUGGUGAUUGUUCUUUAGAAAUAAUGGCUUAGGAGAGUUGCAAAUCAUACGCAAAUCGAAUCACACGAAGCAAAGGGGAAAAAUGCCGCCUGCAGCAGCUCUACAACAAGCUUACUUAAAAGCUCCGUUGUGCUGGAUGCAUCCUUUUGUAUGCAAUUAUUGUUUAUGCUUCCACCGUUUAUCUGUGGUGCAUAUCGUUUAUGCUGUCAGGCCCUUUUCGUGCUGCUCUUACCGUUUCGCGCUCUUAAAUCGUACGUAGAUUUCAUCGCAAACGGUGAUUGUAGUCGAUAAUGUGCGUGUGUGUGUGUGUGUGUGUGUGUGUGUGAGUGUGUUUGUGUGUAAAGCCAAUGUUUCACUGUAAUCACAGAACAAUCAUUUACACUCUCUGUACAUCGCUCUGCUUUAAGUUUUUAGGGGCGAGGGAAAAACCAUUUACCCUGAAGAUGGCACAUCCAUCCAUGCAUAUAUUCAGUUGCUUCCUCUCCUUCAUCUUGCGAAGGAAAACACAUAAAACAGCCAAAUCGGGUGUGCGUGUGUGUGUGUGCGCGCGCCCUUCGCCCUGCCAGUACACGCCCAAACACACCCACAAAAACUUGUCAUUAUUCAUCUGUUUUAUCACUUUUUUUCUCUCUUCUCCGUCUGUGUAAAAGAGUGUAUAGAUGUUUUGUUGUCUCUGCUGCGAAUGCGCUUUUUGUAAUCGCUAUGUGUAUGCACGCGUGCGUGUGUAUGUGUGCGGGUGUGUGUGUGUGUAGCCCAGUUUUUCGUUACCGAGAACAAAGCAAAAAAAAAGGGAGCAAAGCACACAAACCUGCUCUAACACGUAAUGCGGAAAUAAUUAGAAUGGAAGCAGUAAUAAGCAAACAAAAACCAUACCAAGAAAGAACAGCCGUACUCCGUAACCAAAUAGUUGUAAAGGUGAGCAUAAAACACGCACACACAUACACACAUACAUACGUACGUGAAAACCUAAAAAAAAGUAAGCAAAAGUAAAACUCUACUGUGAAAAAAAAAAGAAGUGGAGCGUGAAAAUCCACUCUUUUGCGAGUGGAGAUGUUGAAGCGAAUGGUGAAAUUUGUAGCUAACAAACUUCCUCUAUCCUCUUAAUAAUCAGGACGAGCGUGUGAAGAGGAGGAGAAGAAGGAUGGUGCCGAAGAAGUAGAAGAAGCAAAAGGAGGAGGGAGAAUCGAUGAAGAGAAGAAAAACUUUAUAACAAAGUGUAAUGCAUUAAUAUUAGGUAGGCUGAGAUAUAUAGGCGUGCGCUUUUCCUGCGUUUUUGUUUUCAAAAAACUAACAGAUGGGAAAGUGUAGAUUAAUACAAAAAAAAAAACACACAGACACAUACACACACAAGAAGAAAAAAAAAAGAAGAAAUUAAACACGACACCGACGAUGUGUGUCCCUCAAACGACAACGUUAGGGAAAGGUAUAUACAACAAAAGGAGAGGACAAAUACACGAACGCGAUUCUAUACAACAAUUGAAAAAAAAGAUACAAAAUUUCCAAACGAUGAUGUGUGUGUGUGGAAGAUGAGAAAGUGUUCAAAGCACAGAACGAGUUGUUUUAACAAAAAAAAGGGAGAUAAAGAAAAAAACAUAAAACACUUCUAUAUCAAGCUAGCAGCAAACAGCAGCAGGGGUCUAAUGGAGCGUUAAAGAAGAGAGAAACAUGUUAAAACAUUUAGCAACCCAGCAACUUUGAGACCCCGAGAUUUUACAAGAAUCCGUGCCCUCCCUUUUACCCAAAACUCUACUAACAAAGCAAAACCAAAAGAAGAGAUAAUAUGCAAAACACAACACAGAAGUAAAACAGUUCAGAAACAGAUCAAACAAAGAGACAGAGAAAACGCUAUCACGGAAAUUGGUCAAACACAUACACACACUAACACUAACACCGUUGUUGCAAUCAGAACAGAACAGACACAAAAAAAAACUCCAGACGAAAAUAGGACGAAAUGGCAAAUAGAAGCAAAGGGCCCCACGUGCCGCUCUGCUGCAAUGUGUGCAGGAGGACAAACAAGCAAACAAAAAAAAAAGGUUUAUUGAUAUAACACUUUUUAAUAAGUAAUGGAUUAUUAUGAUUAUGAUUAUUAUUAUUAUUAUUGAGUAAUUAAUAAAACAGAGAUAAAAUACUAAAAACAAAA